AUGAUUGCUCGUGAACUGGAUCAAGAGGUUAUCCUGGAUGGAUUCAAGAUUCCCAAAGGAGCUUCAGUGGCAAUAAUGAUUUACACAAUUCAUCGAGAUCCAAUAAUCUAUCUUCAUCCAGAUUCAUUCAAUCCUGAUCGAUUUGAUUCAGAUCACAUUUCUUCGAUACAGACCCGCUUUAUAUUGGGAAUUUUCGCACCUUUUGUCAAAAGCAAAGGAGCAAUUAUUGGCUAUUUAGCUGGUCAAAUUACUUGUGUUUGGAUUGUCAUAGGAGGAUUAGUUAUUAAACGUCCAAUGCUUUCACUUGAAGUCUCCACUGAAGGUUGUCCAGCCAAUACUACUUAUCUUGAACCUGGCUUACUUGUGUCUCAACUCAAAGACUACAGGAUACCAGAAUAUUAUCCUGAAGGAAUCGCCAAAAUUUAUCACGUAUCUCAUUUCAUUAUACCAGCAAUAGGAUUUCUGGUGUCACUUAUUGUUGGUAUACUCUUUAGUCUUUUAACUGGUUGCAAUCGAGACAAAUGUGUUAAUCCUGAUUUAUCCAUAGUAAAGCUUAUUUUUUUCGAGCACUUUACCAAUUCAAUUAUUCAUUCAAAGUUGAUUCAAUUGAAGGAUAAAUCAACGAGAGAACCAAAAAAUGCCGAUGCGAAAGAUUCUUGUAAUUAUGAUUCUAAUAAUAAUGUUAAUAAUGUUGAUGACAGUUGUUAUUACAAGGAAAUUACCUGUGAAAGAAAAGCAUUUCUCGAUUUAUUACUUGAAAAGCAUCUUCAGCCUGCAGCAAAUGAUGGUAAACCAAUAAUUGAUCUUGAAGGUGUCCAAGAAGAGAUUAAUACUUUUCUGUUUGCUGGUUAUGAGACAACUGGAACUGCAAUUAUGUGGAUCAUUUAUUUAUUAGGUCUGUACGCGGAAAUACAAGACAAGAUUUAUGCUGAGAUAAAUUCAAUUUUAGGUGACAAUAUAGACGAUAUAUAUUUGGAUCAAUUACAUUUGUAUUUGGAUCAGUGUAUUAAAGAAGUGUUGCGUUUGUUUCCACCAGUGCCAAUGAUUGCUCGUGAACUGGAUCAAGAGGUUAUCCUGGAUGGAUGCAAGAUUCAAGGAGCUUCAGUGGCUAUAAUGAUUAACACAAUUCAUCGAGAUCCACUAAUCUAUCUUCACCCAGAUUCAUUAAAUCCUGGUCGAUUCGAUUCAGAUCACAUAUCUUCGAUACCAGCUCAUGCAUUCAUUCCUUUCAGUGCCUCUCGAUGUGAUUUUCAUUCCUCGAAACAACUUCAAAAACAUUAUAAUUCGUUGUUGAAACUCUGGUUGCAAAGCUAUUACAGCCACAGUUGCUUCAAAAAUAUUAUUUAUAAUUGUCAAAUUUUCCACAAUUACAUUUUCAUGCAAAAAGUUAUGUCUUUAUUGGAUAAUUUUCAGGUUUCUGAGCCUCUAGUUAACGCUUUGAUUGGAAUUGCCCUCUUCUGGUUGGUAAAGUAUUUGUUUAAUACAAUAAAAAGGAUUCGUUCAUUACCGCCUGGUCCUUGGGGUCUUCCUAUUGUUGGCUAUUUGCCUUUUCUUGGUGAUCAUGUUUACCUUCAGUUUGACCAAUUGUCAAAAAAGUAUGGACCAGUUUAUUGUUUAAAAUUGGGUUCUUUCGAUGUGGUCUUCGUUUGUGAUUGGCCUCACAUGAAAGAGGCUGUUUCCAAUGAUGCCUUACUUGCUCGACCGCAUGCAGCUUUUUUCCCUGGUGCUGUUGAUGACCGUUCAUUUGGUGAAAUGUCAGGUAACCCAUGGCGGGAACAUAGACGUUUAUCACUACAUAUUUUACGUGAUGUCGGUCUUGGUACGAGCACGCUUGAAACAUUAGUUAAAGAAGAGAUUGACCAGUUUCUUACAACCUUGGACAAUGAUGGUAAACCUGUUGAUUUCAAAAAAAAGAUUUCCCACUCUAUAGUAAAUAACAUCUCAAUUUUAUUGUUUGGCCAUAAAUAUGAUCAUGAUGAUCCUGCUGCUAUCGCAAUUUCAGCAGCAAAUGAAGAAAUCGGAAGUAGUCUUAACUUCGCUGGUGUAAUGGCUUUUCUACCAUGGUUGACGACCAUUGUGUUUAAAUUUAAAUUGUUCAAUUUAGCCAAGGUGUUAAAGUGCUUUCAAAUCGUCGAUUCACAUAUUCAAGAUGAAAUUGAUAAACAUCAGGAAAAAAAUUCUCAAGAAGUUGUAGACUACAUUGAUGGUUAUCUUGCUGAGAUGAAAAGGAGAGAGAAGCAAACCAAAGUGGACGAUAAUUUCUCAAUCGAUAUAUUGAGACGCAAUGCUGCUUCAUUUUAUGGAGCUGGAACUGAGACUGUAGCAAGUACAAUGGAAUGGGUAAUGAUAUAUUUAGUCAAAUAUCCAGAGUAUCAAGAUAAAAUACGUUCAGAGAUAGCUGAUGUUAUUGGAUUUGAAAGAAGACCAGAUUUCGUUGAUAGAAAUAGGAUGCCGUUUACAAUGGCUUUCAUUCAUGAAGCACACCGAAUUGGUUCCGUUGUUGCAAAUAAUCUACUCAGGAGAGCAUCGAGUGAUACAAAAAUCGGCAAUCACAAUAUACCCAAAGAUUCUUUGGUUAUCUUCAAUUUCUGGUCAAUUAAUCGGGAUCCUAAACUGUGGCCCAAUCCAAAUAAAUUUGAUCCAACUCGUUUCCUUACUGAAGAUGGCACUAAAGUUGUUAAACCACCUUAUCUUAUACCUUUCGGUGCUGGUAAAAGGAACUGUCCAGGUGAAAGUUUAGCUAAUGUUGAAUUGUUUUUGUAUAUAGUUUGUAUAAUACAAAAAUAUCGUGUCAAAGUUAAACCAGGAACAGAAAUAUCAACUGAAGCAUCUUUUGGUUUAUCAAGACGUCCAUCUGAGCUACCAACUUUAAUUUUUGAGAAAAUUUCCAAUUCUGACUGAAGUUAAAUAUAUGUCAUGUUAAAAUUUUUGUAUCUAAAUGAAAUCAAUGUUAUGUAAUGACACAUGUAAUGUAUAACACAAGGCUCUGGGUGAUAAAGUCGAUGAUAAUUUCACCAUUUAUAUAUCGAAUACACAAUUCUGAUUUACUUUAGACAAUUUCAUUUUUCAUUUGAUCAGCGAAAUGAUUAAACAUGCUUUGCUUUUUGAAAUACA